CUCAAUUGAUGAACGCAGAGGAAGUCUUGAAGCUAUAUGAUUCUUGCUGGUUUGAGCUCCAAAUCCUGAAGGAAAACUCAAGUUCUUGUAGGACAUCAAGGUCAGUAUCAAACCCAGAUCACAAAAUGGAGCAAGAGUCAUCAAAACCGAAGCUUUCGCGUAUCAAAACCAAGCAUACAAGGUCCCUGAGCGACCAGCUGAAGUCCAUUACAAGCUUCAAGAAUGAGACCUUUUCUCCAGACUCUGUUCUUCUUCAAGCUGAUCUCCAAACCAUCGUCUCAAGAAAAGAAGUCACAGGUACACAAGUUGAAGAGAGAGCGCAAGAAAAUCUUGGAGUGUCGCCUUGUAAUAAGAAUAUUGCAAGAAGGGGAAGGAAGAAACGGGAAAACAAGAGCUUGUCGGACCUGGAAUUCGAAGAGCUCAAGGGUUUCAUGGAUUUGGGUUUUGUUUUCUCAGAAGAAGACAAAGACUCGAGUUUGGCUUCCAUUAUUCCUGGGUUGCAAAGGUUAGGGAAGAAAGAUGAGAAAGAAAGGGAAUCUGAUAAUUACUCUGCAAUCCAGAGACCUUACCUCUCUGAAGCGUGGGAUGUUCUGGACAAGCAAAAGAAGCAGAACUCACUAAUGAGUUGGAGAGUUCCAGCUCUAAACAAUGAAAUUGACAUCAAAGAUAGCCUCAGAUGGUGGGCUCACGCUGUAGCUUCCACUGUCACUUGAGGAAGCGCAUGACGUUUCAGUUCUUUUCCUCCAGUUUUGUUGGAAUUCCACAUUUUCCAGAAACUCGUAUACUUCUCAAUCAUAACAGAAGACAGUGUAUAAUUGUAUUCACUUUUCAUAUCUUUUCGCUCGAUUUGUACGUCAUAGACAACAUGUAAAGCAAAACUAGAUGAGAAUUGAAAUGAGUUUCAUCA